AACUUCUUCAUGAGGUCAAAAAGUUGCAUGCUUGGACUGAAGCGGACUAUUGCCACGAUCCAGCGUUCCGGUACAGUCUCUUAUUUUACGUAAUACAUAUGAUUAUCUUUUGUUCCCUUCGAAUUCGUUGGCCUCUUCGUUGUGUUUUUGUUGACAUCUUUGCUUUUCUACUUUACCUAUAAUCGACACUUCAUACUCAUUUGCGGCGCUGCUAUGUCAUCGCAAACUUUUGGAAAGAAGAUUUAUUGUUUUUCGGGGUUUAAUCAUCUCAGCUGGGUUUGAGCCCUCUACACUCGAACUAAUUUGGCUCCACUACGAUUAGCGAUGCGACCGGUAGCUAUGGCUGUCGCAGGUCCAGGGCCAACAUCAUGGCUCCAUCGUAUAGCCCUCUUUUCCUCUCGCAGCCCUAUGCCAGCUAGCUCUUCCCGUUCUUCUUCUUCUACUACUUCACAAAAGUCAAGGCGCAAACCUUCCAGCUUCAAACCCACCCCCAAAUCCCAACACCCUCCUUCAAAAAAACCUAUCACUCUACGAAGAAUGGAUGUUAUCGAGAACGAUGUCAUCCUCCUCCGCCCACCCCCUGAUUACCCCAUCACAGCUCAACUCGAAGAGCUAUCAAUCGCCAUGAAGGAAUAUAAUCUCGACCGUGUCAUAUUUAUAUGGUCACAUCUUGUCGAUCUCGGCGCAAUAUCCCGAUUUGACUCAAUAACGUUCAAAUACAUCUCCGAAUUCAUUGCCGACAUCCUCCAUCGUCGCGGAUCUCCCAAUUUGAAUAAGCUAGCAGCCAUCUCUCCAGAGAAGUAUGGUCUUCUUCUUAACAUGUCAAUCGAGUCAGCCGCUCGGGACCAUAUCUCCGGUUUCUUCUUCAUCCUCCUCCGCCUGCUCGAAAUCGGUCGACCAGGUGACGUUGUGAAUGCGUUCAACACAUGCAAAGUCAAGAUGAGAGAAUUGCAAGGAAAAGAUGCGAAUGAUUUGCUUUCGUGGGAUAGAGAGAAACGUCUUGCUGCGAGAUUGGAAGGGGAAGGUCUGAGGUCACUUAUGAUGGUCAACAUUGCGGCUCUUACCUUGCUUGAUCAGUGCGAUGAAGCUGCUCUUUUCGGUAUGCUCGACGCCACAGCCGACCUUCGUCCCAAUUCCAAGUUCAAUUUUGCUCCUAUCCAUCGCUCCCUCUCCCGCGCCAAUGUUAGUAACAAACAACACGACCUAUACUCUCAAUUUCGGCAGAAUGUCGAUAAACUCAUUCUCGCAUUACAAUGUUACCACCCCAAUGCCUUUGUACAUCGUAUAACCAUUCAUGGUCGAGCCAAGACAUUUGGAGCAUUAAACAAACUUUAUCAACAAGUGUUGGAAGCGACAGUCGGUCCAGAUGCUUUUGUAAAGGUCAGGAAUCUAGGAGAUCAUUCAGCGCACUUUCAAUCGUCAAAACAUAUUCCUCUUCCUGCCAUUGUCUGGCACCAGUUCCUUCGAGCAUUCGAACAUCGCAACGACGUAGAUCGUAUCGUCUCGAUGAUCGACACCGACCUGCCGUUACGCAAUCUCCGUCCCGAUUCAACGAUCCUCUCCCUCGCCAUGGUCCAUAUGGCCAUCAUCUCCACUCGUCUUCACCUCCCUCUCCAAACUCGCCAAAACGCCCGAUAUUGGGCGGAUGAAUACUGGCGACGACUCGCGCAGAACGGGUGGCACAUGGAGGAUCUAGCGUUCAGUCGGAGGGUAAGGACGUUGGAUAUUCUGGGCAGGAAAGAGGCGCAGCUGAAAGGCGAAGUGGACAAGCUGUACGAUAUGGCAAAGGCUGGACAUCUAUCGAAAAUAGGCAGGCAAACGCGUGCAGCGUUUGUCGAAAGUUUCAUGGCUCGAAACGACAUCAAGCAAACGCUCGACGUGUUUAAAAUGUUUCCUCACAACCCUUCUGCGGAACAGCAUGAUUUCACCCCUGCCGUAUCCGCAUUCAUCCGCCUUUUAGCCACUCGUAAUUACACGGCAAACAAGUCAUUCACAUUCUGCGCUCGCAUUCUCAAACUGGUUGCUCAAACGGGUACACCCAUCGAAACCUCUACUCUCGGCCCUCUGCUCUCUAUACAACUCAAUGCCGGUCUCCCCAUCCAACCGGCAGUCGACACUAUUCUCUCGCAUAGCCUUACGCCUACCCAUCCUAUUCCGGGGAUAAAUAAAUGGACCCGAAUCCUGACUGGACUCUUGACGAAAUGGUCUCACUGUCGGCCUGCGACCAAAGUGGAGCUAGAAGCUGGAUUGUACAUUCUCUCCAAGGCUCGAGAUGAAGAUCUCUACGGCCGGAAGAGGGAGAGGGAAUACGAUCUUUGGCUCGCAUUCCUCCGUCCUGCUGCAAAGACGACAUCACUCAAUAAUGAAGAGCGAUAUGAGAUCAUCGAAACGGCAAUGUCACUCUUCCCGCGUGGUGGGAAAGGAAAGCUGUCAACCAUUGUGUGGUUUGAGGUGGUGCAUGCGUUGGUGACGAGACCUGAUGGGUUGGGGUUCGGCGAAGGAUGGGCGAGGUGGUGUGAGCUUGUAAAAAUAAGAGAAUUGGAAGGGAUUUGGUGGGAUAGAAUGUUGAGGACGAUCGUCAGGAUCAACCAUAAUUUUGCUGUCAAUCUUGUGCGAUCAGCGUGGGAGCAUGGGAACACGAAAGUGAGAGUAGAUGAAGCGUUCUGGAUGCGAGCUGAGGCGGAAGGACUGGUGAAAGAGUUGGGGAUUGAACAACACCUGGAAAAGAAACGGAAUGGGUUGGUGGAGGGAAAAAGCUGGAGACAGAAUUUGGUGACGCACAUGAUGGAAGAAGAUGAUGAUAUGGUGGACUGGGACAUGAUGCUAGGUAAGGAAGAGGUUAUUGAUGAAGUGGAAGCAGAGUAUGGGGGCGGGGACGAGCUGUCGAUGGGGGAAGAAGAGUAAUUAUGUACUUGUCCACCGGGGAAUCAAAUUGGCGCAGGUUUUCCAUCCA